AUGGAUCUCAUCCACUUAGAAGGUGAGUUAGAAGGCACCGAGUGUAAGUUGUGGGUGCAAAGCUCUUUGACAGCUGGCUUAAUUGAGACGGCUCAUAUAGAUGAGACGGCUGGUCAUGGGGGUGUCGUCAAAACACUGGAGACCUUGCGUCGGCAGUUUACCGGCAUGACUAGUCAAGUAAGGGAUUGGUUUAGGCAGUGCGUGACAUGCAAGGAAACCAAGGCACCGAACUUCCGCAUGCAAGUGGGUCUAGGACAAGAGGUAUUGACCGAGCGACCAUUCCAAAAACUGUAUAUCGACUUUCUGGGGAAGUACCCACGUUCGAAGCAAGGGCACGCUUGGAUCUUUGUUGUAGUCAACCAUUUUUCAAAAUUUACUUUCUUAAAAGCGAUGCGAGAGACUACGGCUGUUAGCGUGGUGAACUUUUUAUUAAGCGAGGUUUUCUAUAUGUUUGGAGUAUACGAUGUCAUUCACUCUGACAACGGACGACAGCUCAUAUCAGGUACGUUCCAAAGCAUGAUCUCAGCUUUCGGCACCUCGCAUAUGCGCACUGCAGUCUGCAGUCGUACCUUAAUGUCGGCGAUCCAGGCGUAUCUAGAGCAAGAUCACCGCGAGUGGGACCUUUACCUUCCAGAAAUAGAAGUAUCCAUACGCAAUGCCAUACACACAGCGACAGGGGUGACCCCAUCAUGA